AUGUCUCGUGGCGGCGGGCGAGGGGGCCGAGGAGGGCGCCGAGGCGGCAUGGCCAAUGCGCCUUGGGCCGAGAACCUCGAUCCCAACAUCAAAUCAGACGGCAGACCCGUCGAGCUGUUUCCUGACUACAAGGUCCCCGUCGCUACGGCGCUCUCCAAGAAGGAGAGCCACAUCGUCGAAUGCUACCUCCUCGUGCGCGAGCAAGUCCACGCCAGUCCUCUCUACACGCAUACGCAAACAUCACGCGCCGAGGCCACAAGGGCAUAUGGCCAGGACCAAAUCAACCAGCGAUAUGGGGUCCAGAACAAAGCGACGAUCGAUCCAUUCGUGGCGGUGCCACUAUACUCGAACCGUUUCGAGAAGCCCGAGAGGACGCUGCCCGACUUGUUAGCGAGGCCUUUCAGCGUGGAACUCUUCCCUCCCGAACUGAAAGCAACCCUCGAAGGGGAAGAUUCCGGCCGGAGGGGCCGCCCCAACAAGCGGCGCAAGGUGCUCGCGCUCGCAGACAACACCUCCCUGCGCACAGCCGAAGAGAUAUUCAACCAGCCCAAGGCAUCAGAUGUCGCCGACAACGCGCAAAAGGCGCUGGACCAGCUGGGUCGAUUCGAGGAUCUGGCCGAGGGUGAGGACAAUGCCGAGCUGGAUCUCAUCGAAGACGAAGGCGAUUAUGGAGACGACGUGGACGAACAGUACUCGGACGAAGACCAGGAGGGUGGCGAUUACGACGCCGAGAACUACUUUGAGGAUGGCGAGAAUGAUGAUGACUUUGGUGACGACGGCGGGGAUGGCGAGGAUGCCUUCUAA